GGGAAUAUUAGUAUUCAUGUACUACUUGCAAAUAGAACUGAGUAAACCGGUCACAGCUGCUCCGAAAGGAUACUGCAUUGUCCACUACACUGAACAGGUAGAAGUUAAGGAAAGCUACAUGCAUGAAUUCGUCCGCUCAGAACUUCAACUAUGUACCCACGGUUUUGGUUAUUACAAUUGCUGGAGGGAUGUCAAGAAACAAGAACCUCGAAUUAAAACAGUGCCAAAAUCAGUUACACGAACAAGAACAGAAUGUUGUGCUGGGUAUAAAAACACUACUGUUCAUGAAAACGUUUUCAGUUGUGAACCAAUAUGUGAUCCUCCUUGUAUCGAUGGGCACUGUACAAUGCCUGGUAAUUGCACUUGUUUCCAAGGAUUUGAGCACCAGGAUAGUAAUAAAUGCAUACCAAGCUGCAAACCAAGCUGCACAAAUGGCCUUUGCACUUCGCCAGGUCAUUGUGAAUGUAUGCAGGGAUAUGACUACGUCAAUAGUUCUUAUUGCGAACCUCAUUGUUCUAGUGGCUGCAAAAAUGGUGUUUGUCACAAACCUGAGGAUUGCCUGUGUAACACAGGAUAUAAAAAGAAUUCUAGUAAUCCUAUUGAAUGUGAACCGAUUUGUGACACUGAAUGCAUUAAUGCAACAUGUACUGCUUACAAUGUAUGUACUUGUUUGAGUGGCUACGGAAAACAUCCUGCACAAGACAAUGUUUGUAAGCCAAUUUGUGAAUUGGAGUGCUUGCAUGGUGACUGUACAGCUCCAAACACAUGUACAUGCCAUGACGGAUAUUCUAAGAACGAUUCAUUUAGUAAUAUCUGUGUGCCUGAUUGCACUAACUGCCUCAAUGGAUUCUGCAAUUUACCAAACGUGUGUAACUGCCAUCAAAACUACACUUACAAUGAAGAUGGUCGUUGUGAACCAAUCUGCAAUAAUUGCAGUAAUGGAACAUGCAUCGCUCCUUAUGAUUGUGAAUGCAACAAUGGCUACCAACCAGACAAUGAUGGAAAAUGUAUUCCAUAUUGCGAUAGUUGUGACAAUGGCGAGUGCGUCGAGCCUAAUGUUUGCAAUUGUUUCGAGGGUUAUCAAAGCUCUACUUGGGGUUGUUACCCUUUAUGUCAAUAUGGCUGUUUUGCAGGAACAUGCGUUGCUCCUAAUAACUGCUCAUGUGAAGGGUAUGGCAGAGUAGAAGAAAAUGUUUGCUUUCCAUUACAGCAGAAUGGAACUAAUUCAUCUGAAAAUAUUACUCCCGAAAGAUUUGUGAUAGAUAUCAUGAAAAUAUCAAACAGCAUUGAUAUUUAUAAUCUAUCUUUAUCAACUAUCUAUAUAAAAAUUAACUGUUCUUAUGCAACAACCUACAACUUUAGCAGUAACAGCGAAAGUCAUUUUUCAAAUUCAAUUGAGUGUUCAAAUAUUAAAAGUGCUCUGGGUCUCUAUGUUCUCUGCAUAUGGAAUGGCUUUAGUUCGGAUAUUCAAAAUUUUUAUACAGAUUCUUUGGAUUCCUUUAUCCAUGAGUUGAAUGAAACAGAAACAGAGAAACAUUACUCAAAGUUAGGUAUGACGGUUCUGUUUUCAAGGAAUAUGAUGUCUCAAGAUGAGCACUGUUAUUUAUGCCCUAGUGAGAAACAUUUGAGGACAAAGAUGCCUAGCAACUUCAAUAUUUCUUUAGUAGCUUGUGAUUUAGAACACCUUCAAAAUGCAGUAAUAAGCUAUAAUUGGAAAGGAAUAGAAGUCAUAGGGUUGGCUAUACUGAGUGCAUUACUAUUGAUUAGUUUAUUGCUUGUAAUCGUUUUUAGAAAAUAUCUGAGACGUGAUUACUAUGGUAACUCAUCCUGUCAAAUAGAUCAAAUUGCACUCUCUUUGAAUCAGGAAGAUUGA